AUGUGGAAUUUCUUAGGAACGAAAAAUAAAGAAGAUGUAGAAGAAGCUGUCAAAUGUUACUUUAUCUACAUUGAUGUAGAUGUAAAAUUAGCAAGCAUACAGCUUUUGUUAGAACAAUGGAGAGGUGAAAAUGUAGAAGAGCCAUUGACGCCAUUAAAAGAUCAAAAGAAAGUCAAUACUCGAAAGAGAAAAAACAACUUGGAAGAGAUUGAUAUAGAUUUGCCAAAUAGAAAAAACAGACCAAGUGGUAAAACAGAAAAAAUUGUACAAGUCAUCGAGACUGAUUCAAAUCGUCAAGAUCAAGUUCAUGUAAAUACAAAUUAUCAAAGUGCUGAUCAAACAAUAUCAGAAUCAGAUACAGGUAUGGAUUAUCAAAGCAGUGUUGAAAAACUACCAAGUUUUCAAGGUGUUGAUAAUGAGAUAACAGAGGAAAAUUCAUCUGGUACUAGAAAUAUUGAGCCACAUAAUUCUGUGGUUGAAAAUAACAGCGAUGUAUUUGGAAUUGAUAAACAAACCAAUGAUAAAAAUAAAUCAAAUCAAUUCAAUAUAGAAGCUGAAGAAAUCGAUAUAAGUACUUCUGCUGAUACAAAUAAAAAUAAUAAGACUGCUUUAAAUCAUAAGGACCAUAAUGAUACAGAUAUAGAUUAUCAAAGCAGUGUUGAAAAACUACCAGAUUUUAUACUUAAUAUUAUUCAACAAAAUAGAGAUAAAAGAAGAAAGAAUAAAGCUGUCAUGGAAUCCAAUGAAAAUAAUAAUACUAUUAGUAAUACAAAUCAAAAUACUGAGACUGGUCCAAAUCGUGAAGAUCAUGUCGGAGUAGAUACAAAUCACCAAAGAGUAGAUGAAAAAAUACAAAAGAAAGAUAAUUCUGGUGCUGAAAAUAUUGACAUUGUAGUUAAAAAUAAUCAACAAAAUGAUGAUACAACUCAACAAGAUAAAACUGAUAUGACAGUUGGACGUACUAAUGAAAUUGCUUAUGUUGAUACAAAUAAGAAUUUUGAGAAUGAUUUAAACAAUGACGAUGGUGAUGCAAAUGAUAUAUUUAUUGGCAUUGGCGAUGAAGAAAUUAUCAAUAAUGAUUUAAAUUGUCCAGAUCAUGCUGAUGCAGAUCCAAUUUAUUUUAUUGAUCAAAUCAUGUCCGAGCAAGAUAAUUCUGGUACUGACAAUAUUGUACUUGAAACUGAUGUACAAAAUAAUAACACUUAUCAACCAAAUCAAACUGAUAUAAUUGAUAAACAAAGUGGUGAAAGUACUGCUGAUAAUAACAAUAAAAGUAUUGUAACUGGUUUAAAUCAUAAAGACCAUGGUGAUGCAGGUACAAAUUAUAUUGUUAAUCACAAAAUAGCAGAGCAAGAUAAUUCUGGUGCUGAAAAUAUUGUCAGUAUACUCAAAACUAAUCAACAAGAUGAAAAUGAAACAAAUAAUUGUCAUAAAUGUAAUAAAAACCUCUUGAGUUGCUAA